GGCCCCAACCAGAAAUAAAUUUAACCUUUUAAUUUGCAACAAUGGGGAGUGAACAGGGAUCAGAGGAUCAGUGCUUCAAAGAACCAUUGUUGGAGGAGAAAGAAGAGAAAGGGUAUUAUGAGAACUGCCCAGGGUGUAAGAUGGAGCAGCAGAAGCACUUGCAGAGAGGUGUUCCCAUCAAAAUGCUCAUCACCCUUUGGACUAUUGUCUUUUGCACGGCACUCCCAAUAUCAUCUAUCUUUCCCUUCCUUUAUUUCAUGAUAAGAGAUUUCCAUGUUGCAGAGACAGAAGAAGAUAUUGGUUGCUAUGCAGGUUAUGUAGGCUCGGCAUUCAUGCUUGGAAGGGCAGCUACGUCUUUAUUUUGGGGGUUGAUUGCGGAUCGAUAUGGUCGAAAACCAGUUAUUAUAUUUAGCACUAUUUCAGUGGUGAUUUUCAAUACUCUGUUUGGUUUUAGCUCAAACUUUUGGAUGGCAAUCAUUUCCAGAUUUCUUCUUGGAAGUUUAAAUGGUUUGCUUGGACCAAUCAAAGCAUAUGCCGCAGAAGUUUUCCCAAAACAAUACCAAUCCUUAGGACUCUCAACGGUUAGCACAGCUUCAGGUAUAGGGCUAAUUAUUGGUCCAGCUAUAGGAGGUUUUCUUGCACAACCUGCUGAGAAGUAUCCGUCAUUGUUUUCGGGAAAUUCUUUGUUUGGAAGAUUUCCCUACCUCUUGCCUUGCUUGUGCAUUUCAGUUUUAGCAUUUAUUGUGACGGUUUUUACAUUUUGUUUGCCGGAAACAAUGCACCGACACGAUUCAACUGAUCCUUCAUCUGGUCAUCAUUCGUAUAAGGCUUUGGAGGCUGCAUCUCAAGUUGCUAGUGAGGAAAACAUAUCGACCUCGAAAAAGAGCAUUCUAAGAAAUUGGCCUUUGAUGUCCUCCAUUAUAGUAUAUUGUGUAUUCUCUCUUCAAGAAAUGGCUUAUACUCAGAUAUUCUCUUUAUGGUCUGAAAGUCCUCGAAGACUUGGAGGAUUAAAUUAUUCUUCAGAUGAUGUUGCAAUGGUUCUAGCAAUCUCAGGGUCAAGUGUUCUAAUCUUUCAUCUGUUUGUCUAUCCAUUUGUCGAGAGAACUGUUGGCUCUGUGGUGGUGUCUCGACUCGCGGGCAUUGUGGCAAUUCUAGUGCUAACAAGCCACCCUUACAUUGCAAUGUUAUCUGGGAGCAUCCUCACUUAUGCGUUAAAUUGUGUGUCUCUCUUAAUGAACAUUUUAAUGGUUUCUAUUGUAACUGGACUCGUCAUUCUUCAGAAUAAUGCAGUGGACCAAGAUCAAAGAGGAGUAGCAAAUGGCAUUGCCAUGACUGCGAUGUCAGUUUUCAAAGCUUUAGGCCCCGCAGGAGCAGGGACAUUAUUUUCUUGGUCAGAAAAGCGUCAAGAUGCAACUUUCCUUCCAGGCAACCAAAUGACAUUCUUUGCUCUCAAUGUAAUUAACGGUAUGGGUGUGCUGCUCACGUUUAAACCAUUUCUUGUCGAACGAUACACGUAUCAAGCUAAAUUAUGAAGGAAGUGUGUGUGACAUGUUGUUCACGUAUUUCACCAAGAAUGGAUUGCACCAUGGUUAUUGUGGAAUUUCAAGACAACUUUAUUUUUCCUUACGAAAAUAGUGUGCAUUUUUUAUUUUUCAAUUUAGUUCACUCCACUAGAUAUUGUUUAAGCUUGAUAUACUUACUCUUCUGUUCAAUCCAAUUUAGAUUUAUAGAUCCAUCAAUGUAUUUUAUCAACUAAUAUAUAGAUCGAUCAUCAGAACUAUUUGUCCGCAUUUAAUCUAUGUAGAUUCACGUCACUAUUAGCAACUCUGGCGUUGUGUGUCUCUACUAGUAACUUACUAAUUUAUCCAAUUUCAA